AUGCACGGAACCAGCUGCCCCAAGUGCGGUGCCGCCUCCGACGGCGUCUCCAAGACGUGCGGUUCCUGCGGCGCCGUAAGUUCCCCAUGUCGUGUGCACCGGACAUACCUACCUCACGGCUCCGUGGACCCCAUUCCAACGGGAGUUUUGCUAACGCGCGUGCGAAAAAAACCAAAACCACAGACCUGCCCGAACUAG